GCAGAUCUGCGGAGCCGGGGCCGCCGCUGUCAUGGACGCCUGGGUCCGCUUCAGCGCUCAGAGCCAGGCCCGGGAGCGGCUGUGUAGGGCUGCCCAGUAUGCUUGCUCCCUUCUUGGCCAUGCUCUACAGAAACAUGGGGCCAGUCCUGAGUUACAGAAACAGAUUCGACAACUGGAGGGUCAUCUGAGCCUAGGAAGAAAGCUCCUACGCCUCGGUAACUCGGCAGAUGCCCUUGAGUCAGCCAAACGAGCUGUGCAUCUAUCAGAUGUUGUCCUGAGAUUCUGCAUCACUGUUAGUCACCUCAAUAGAGCCUUGUACUUCGCCUGUGACAAUGUCCUGUGGGCUGGAAAGUCUGGACUCGCUCCCCGUGUGGAUCAGGAGAAGUGGGCCCAGCGUUCAUUCAGGUAUUAUCUGUUUUCCCUCAUCAUGAAUUUGAGCCGUGAUGCUUAUGAGAUUCGCCUCCUGAUGGAACAAGAGUCUUCAGCUUGUAGCCGGCGACUGAAGGGCUCUGGAGGAGGAGUCCCAGGAGGAAUUGAAACUGGGGGAGCUGGGAGUCCAGGAACUCCAGGAGGAAGCCUGCCCCAAGUAGCUCUGAAGCUUCGACUCCGAGUCCUGCUCCUGGCUCGGGUCCUUCGAGGUCAUCCCCCUCUUCUGCUCGAUGUGGUCAGAAAUGCCUGCGAUCUCUUCAUUCCACUGGACAAGCUAGGCCUCUGGCACUGUGGCCCUGGGAUUGUGGGGUUUUGUGGCCUUGUGUCCUCCAUCCUGUCUAUUCUCACCCUAAUCUGCCCUUGGCUACGACUCAAGCCUUGAUGUUCUGGUGGUACAGGAUAAGGAGGGGCCUGAAUUGGUGGGAUGGAAUUUUAGGUUGUCCCCAUGUAGCAGUCCCAUUCUAACUCUACUCCUUGGUUAAAGUUGAAAUCCAGAGAUUCAAGGGUAGAGGGGGAAGCUUUGGGGAAGAUGAGGGGAGGAAAGCUGUCUUGCAAAGUCGGUGGGAUGAUUCUGAUGUUCAUAUCUGCUGAUUUCUUGUUCUUUUCCUCUUUCAUUGUAUUGUCUUGACUCUUUUUCCUGUGUCUCUUUCAAGUCUGUUUAAGAUUCUGUGUCUGCAUCUCUUUUACCUUCUCAGUACCCUAUCCUAGGAAUUUAAUCCACAGCAGAAUUACUUUUUGAUGUGGGAGGUAGAAGGUAUGGUCUGUAAAGUUCUUUUUUAAAUUAUUAUUGUUUUUAUUGAAGUAUAGUCAGAAAGAGAAGUCCCAUGUGGUCUGUGGAGUUCUAACUGCCUUCUUUUUUCUCACAAGGGUGACCUGUGGCAGUUACUCCCCCCUUCAUACUCCACAUCAUAAAUUUAAGGGCUUUACGUUCCAGUGAGCCCUUCCCACGGGCCCCAGAGCUGGCUUCACGCUUCUUCUUCCUCUCCCGUGUCGGCCUCACCAACCUUCCUCAUGACUUGCCCUUACCCUUCCCUCUGUGUACACCUGCAGAUUUCUGCCUACACUUUGAUUUCAUGGCUUGAUCUGGCCUUUUCUUACCCCUUCUUUGCCUAUCCAAUGAUGCUGUGUCUGGCAUCUUGCUGUAAAUACUGUACAAUGAUUCUGUGUAAAUAGCUGAGGCCCUUGCCCAUGAUGGAGAGCAAGCCUUCCAGGUUAGCAGAUUAAAGAUCAAUUCACUCACUGAA